AUGCUCACUCUCGUAGCCUCAUCGUCAUCGUGGACGUCAUCGUGGUCGUCCAGCCAUGUGUUCGACUUUGCGCUGCCGUGGGAUACCUCGCCAUUGGCUUGCCUCUGGGCGCAUGCGUCCAAGCUGCGACUUGCAGCUGUGCUCUCGGGAGUGGCCUUUGUUCUUGGUGCUGGUCUCUUUACCCAUUAUGAGGAUCUGUCGUUUAUCGAUGCUUUGUAUCUGACCACGGCCGUCAUGACCACCAUUGGCUACGGGGACAUCUCCCCGGCUACCGAUGCGGGCAAGGCUACCGUCGUUGUCUUCUCUGUCACAGGCGUCGUGGUUCUUGGUCUGCUCAUUGAUGAGAUGGCAGAGUCGGCUUUGGCCAGAGUCAAGUUCGUCGUUGAUCGCAUGUCACUCCCCAAGGGCACCAUCGAUCCCUACGUCCGUGUCUCGGCUGCCGACCGGGCCGCCAUCCGUGUCUCGUGCUGGCGCAAGGCCUACGAGGCUGCAAAGUGGGCCUGCUGUCCGAACGUCCUCGCCUCGCCUGUCUGGCAGACGCCGGUUGUCCGCGGCUCGCAGCGCCCGAUGUGGGACGCGGUCUUUGUCAUCCCGCGGGCUUUUACCGGCGGCGUCCGCGAGGGCGUCACCCUCGAGCUCUGGGACUGGGACCGCGUCAACGCUGACGAUCUAGUGGGCACGGUGUACAUUCCGUUUCACGGCCGCGCCCAUAACCUGGCGCUCCCGGCCGACGUCUCGUCGUCAACCUCGUCGUCGUCGUCGGUCUCGGAGACGCAGCCGUCGGAGUGGAUCGAUGUCUCGUGCGACCUUGAGCUCACGCCCGAGGUUGCGGCCUCUCCUGCAGUUGUGGAGCAGCUGGCCCUCCUCACGCCGCGAGUGCUCAUUUCGAAGCGACUGACGUCGACGCACAUGUUCCUCCGCGUCGUCGGUGCCGACGAUCUGCCGGUCACCGACUCAUUUGCCGGGCGCGACGCGCUGUACAACGCGUUUGACGCAGUCAAGGAGAUCUCUGUCGCCUUUCUGGUCUUCCUCGCCGUGGUUCUCGGCUUUGGUGCCAUUUUUUACGGCCUCGAGGAGUGGUCGUUCUUCGAGUCGGUCUACUGGGCCUUUGUCACGGUCUUCACCAUCGGGCUCGGCGACUUUGCGCCGACGACCCAGACCUCGCGGGGAGUCUUCCUUGUCUUUGCGGUCGGCGUCCUUGCUGUCCGCGGCUACGCCAUUGCGGUUGCCACUGCGAUUUACAACUCGCGCUACGCCGCGCAUGAGCUCUUUGAUGACUCGCCAGACGGACAGAAUGCGCUCGCGGUGGCGCGGGCGACCGGCCAGCCGGCCUUUCGCCCGAGCAAAGCACCGCAGCUCCAGUGGUGCAACAACCGGAUCGGCGGGUUCAUGCGGUACUUUUUCGACGCGCCGACGCUCAGCGAGAUUCGCGACCUGCUAUUCAUCCUCGUCGCCCUCAUCAUCCUUGCCCUCCUUUCCUCGCUCGUCACUUACGCCGAGGACUGGUCGUGGUUCGAGUCGGUCUACUUUUGCGUCACUCUUUUUGGCGUCGGCUACGGCGAUCUGACGCCCAAGACCACUGCCGGUCGGGUUUUUGUCAUCAUCUACGGGUUUUGCGCCGCCAUCCUCCUCUCCAUUGCCGUCGCCAUCGUCACCAAGCGCCGCCUCUCGCUGGACAUGGAGCAGCUGGCGAGGAUGACCUCGUCGAGCUUGUCUGCGUCUGGACCGGACUCGGACACCUCGACGUCAACACUGGCUUUGACUCGCUACUCAAUCGAGUAUGAUGCGAGCGAAAGCGACUCUCACGACGACGAGAGCGAUGAGAGCGACGACACGUACGACGACGACGAUGACGAGGAGGAGGAGGAGGAGGAGGAGAGCGAAUACCGGUGCCAGUGCACGUCGGCGACCUGGCACGAGUUCUCGCACUGGUCGGGCUCUGCCUACCUUGUUGUGGCCUUGAUCUACCUGGUCUCGAACCUGGUUGCCGCUGGAGUCUUCUACGGCCUCGAGUCGCACAUUACGCCUUACGGCAACGCGGUGUACUUUGCGGUUGUCACGUCGUCGACGGUCGGCUUUGGCGACCUCUCGCCGCGGACGACGGGCGGGCGGCUGUUCUUCAUCGUCUUUGCCUUUUUCUCGCUUGGCCUCUACGCCUACCUGCUCACGCUCUUUGAGCGGGCGUCGUCCGAGCUUCUCGAGGCCAAGAGCUCGCGGGUGGGUCUUUCCGAGGUGGCGGCCAAGCGGCGGCGGCUCGAUCCGGCCGUUGUGGCCGCCACCCGGCGGAAGAACCUCAAUCGCGAGAAGGUGCUUGCGCUGGGUGAGGUCCUCGCCGCCACCCGCGGCGCGCUUCCGCUUCCGACCGACUGGGUCUCGUUUGACUCGCGGCCGUCGUCGUCGUCGCCGUCGUCGUCAUCGUACGACGCGUAA